AGUGCUGUUGCUGCUUGUGUUCCUGUGCAAGGCCUGCUGUGCCAUCCCCCAGGCAGUGCCCUGCAGAUGGGCUGUGGAGGGCUGGGCUGGGACAGGGACUGCUGCGUUCCCUCACAGCUCCCCUGCCAUUUCUCUUGUCCCUGCAGGCUCCAGUUCAACUCUGCCUUCCAGCCGUGAUCAUCUCAGCUACAGGAGAGCAGCAGAUGGCCACAGCACAUGCAUCUCAGGAGCCCGUGAGCUUUGUGGAGGUGGCCGUGUAUUUCAGCAGGGAGUAGUGGGCGCUGCUGGACCCUGCGCAGCGAGCGCUGUACCGGGACGUGAUGCUGGAGACGUACCAGUGCGUGGCCUCGCUGGCUCCACUUCCAGCUCCCAAACCGGUGCUGAUCUCCCUGCUUGAAGGAGGGGAAGAGCCCUGGAUCCCAGAUGUGCAUAGCCCUGAGGCCGUGCCAGGAGACCUCAGCCCAGCAGGAACUGGGAUUACAGAUGUACUGGAGGACCUGCAGGAAAGUGGUGUGGCCAAAAGGCGGUGGGGUGGUGUCUGUGUGGAAGAAAUCAGAAGGGAUGUCCAAGGAGGCCUGGAGCAAGGUCAGGGUGAGCACAUCAUGGAGCCACUGGGAAAGGGUCUGGGAAAGGCAGGAAGGAGCCCAUUGGACUUCAGCAUAGGUCAAAAGGAGCCUGAAGAACCCAGGAGCAAGAAUGUGAGCCAGCAGAAAAAGCAGAAUUCCUGCACUGAGUGUGGAAAUAGCUUUGAAAAAGAUUCCAGCAUCGUUAACCACCAGUGCAUACACUCAUCAAUGAGCCCAAACAAGUGCUGUGAUUGUGGGAAGAGCUUCAAAUGGAGAUCCCUCCUCAUUGUCCACCAGCGUGUCCAUACAGGAGAGAGACCCUACAGGUGCUCUGAGUGUGGGAAGAGCUUCAAGAGCCGUUCCCACCUCAUGUACCACCAGAGCUUCCACAGAGGAGAGAGACCCUUUCAGUGUCCUGAGUGUGGGAAAAGCUUCAAAAGCAGUUCUGAUUUGAAGCGCCACCAGCGCAUCCACACUGGAGAGAGACCCUACAAUUGCUAUGAGUGUGGGAAGACCGUAAAAAGCCGAUACCACCUCACGUACCACCAGCUCAUCCACACAGGAGAGAGACCCUUUCAGUGUCCUGAGUGUGGGAAAAGCUUCAAAAGCAGUUCUCAUUUGAAGUGCCACCGGCGCAUCCACACAGGAGAGAGACCCUUUCAGUGUCCAGAGUGUGCAAAGAGCUUCACAAUCAGUUCUGAUUUGAAGCGCCACAGUUGCAUCCACACAGGAGAGAGACCUUUUCAGUGUCCUGAGUGUGGGCAAAGCUUCAAAAGCAGUUCUCAUUUGAAGUGCCACCAGCGCAUCCACACAGGAGAGAGACCCUACAAGUGUCCAGAGUGUGCAAAGAGCUUCAAAAUCAAUUCUGACUUGAAGCGCCACAGGGGCAUCCACACAGGAGAGAGACCUUUUCAGUGUCCAGAGUGUGAAAAGAGCUUUAAACACAGAGCUGGUCUUAACACCCACAAGCACAUCCACAGCACACACAGGCUGUAGAAGCAUCUCAAGACUCUGGGAACUUUCUAAAGCAGUUCCAGUUGUAGUUGCUGGUAGUUGUUACCUACCAGCACAGCCACACAAGAUACACACAAGCCUGCAGUGCCCCGAAUGUGGGAAGAACUUCAGCCUUAGUCCCAGCCUGGUCACCAGCUGAGGCUGUGUGGUGAUUAACUUUACAAAUCCCCUGAGUAUAGGAAGAGCACUGCUUUAAAUCCUUUUUCUCCUUCUUAGCUUGAGAAUUAUGCAUAUUGCUGUCCUUCAGCUGCAGUUGCAGAGUGGGAUGUGUCACAGCCACUGGAAACCCUCUGCCACGUGGCCCGUUUCUGCCAGGGCUGUGUGCAAGGAGAGUCACCUCUUACCUCCCCUGCAGAAACUCCUGUGCUGUGGAGCAGCAGGUGAGGACCCAAAUAUGUCAGCUGGGCUGAUAUGUCACCAGGAAGGAAGAAAUCCUGUCUGCAGGUUGUGUGGGAAGAGCUUCAUCUGGAGCUUAACCCUCAUAAGAUGUCAAAGAACCAACCCAAGAGGAGAGUCCCAGUGAGUGCCUUCACUGCAGGAAGAUGUCUGUCCAGAACUGGGAGCUCAUCACACACCAGUGGAUCCACCUACAACAGUGCAGCCUGCAAGAAGAGCUUUGGGCACAUCUCGAACCUGCUGAGGUGCCAGAGUGUCUGCAAAAAUUGGGUGAAGUCCAAUCCAUGCCUGCAGCAGUGAGUUCACGUGGCAGGAAGCCUUAGAAAUGCCUCGAGUGUGAGAAGGGCUUUGUGCAGAGCGCAGUGCUCCUCACUCACAGGAGAUGGCACUCGUGGAAGAAGUGCUACAAAUGUCCCAUGUGUGGGCAGAGCUUUUGCCAGGGGAUCCACUCAGUGCAGAGACCCUAGAAAUGCCUGCACUGCAGGAAGAGCUUCAUCCAGAGCUCAAUCCUUUUAAACAUUGUCCAGUCCAUGUGAUAAAGUGUCCCUGCAAGUGUCUCUGGUGCAGGAAGUUUCUCUCUGUGCUGACACGUGCUUUCUCAUAGGAAAACCCGCAGCAAAGAGUCCUUGUGGAUGCUGGCGAGCCCAAGGAUGAGGGACACCCAUAUGCUUCUCCCCACACAGGAGGAGCUUGGAAAGGAGAUGGCACCACUGACACCCUCUGCAGAAGGGACUUAACCCAGUGUCAUGGUUCUAUGUUUUUUGUUUGUUUGUUUGUUUGUUUUUAUUUUGGGUUUCAGUAUUCCACAUCA